AUACAAAAUGUUUAUACUGUGAGGAACAAAAUGAAAAUUUAGAACAUUUCUUACUUUACUGUCCAGCAUACAAUGAAAUUAGAAAUAGAUAUAGCUUUAUGCAGCAACCAUAUCAAGAAAAUAAAGAGGAAUUAGUAGCAAAUAUAAUCUUAUUGGUAGUACUAAUGAGGGAGGAAGUGGAGAAUCGGAAAGAUUUUAUAAAAGAAAUGUGGUAUUUCAGAGAGAAGAAGCUCAAGCAAACACAAACAAAGGAGGAAUAAAAGAAGCAAGGGAGCCGUUUCAAAGGCAUAUCCCACCCACUACUACUACUACUACGUAUCCCCGUUACAUUGUCCAAUUUGUACUAAAUCAGAAGUCAGACUGGCUGCAAGCAAUACAUAAAGUAUUCUGGACAAGAGGAGAUGUUUACUGUAUUCUGUGUUGACUGAGAAUCAGUUCUGGAAUACUGGGACACUUCCCAUUUGUGUGAUUUGUGACUGACUGACUUUGAGAUAAGUAUGGCCGAUUCUGAAGAGGAAAUUGAUUAUAUGUCUGCAGACUUUUUAGCUCAGUGUACUGGGAGUAAUGAUAUUAGACCUGGACUUGUUCACUCACAUGCUGCUAAGAGAAAAAUUAAUAUGGAAAAGAAGAAAAAGGAAAAGGAUUCUAAGCAUAAAGUAAGUUUUCGUUCUGUCAAGGAAGUUCAAAAAGAAAGACUAGAGGAAGGGCUUAACACAGCCCUCAACUCCUCCAAUAAAGGGUUUUCAUUGCUUCAAAAAAUGGGAUACAAGCCUGGCACAAGUCUUGGUAAGGAGGGUCAAGGUCGACUUGAACCUGUCUCUGUUGAUGUGAAACAGGAUAGAGUUGGACUGGGUUGGCAACAGAUGAUUGUAGAUUACAAGAAGAAAAAAGAAGAAAGAAAAUUGAAGAAAAAAACAGAGAAUGUAGUAGAUCCAGAGGAAUAUCGUGCUAGAAAACGUAAUGAAAGACAAGAGAAAUCUCUGUGGCAUGAUUUGAGGAAAAGCCAACGCAUUUGUUAUGAAAUGGAUUCAAAACAAAACAUCACAGAACCCGAAGAGACGUGGUUUUGGCCAAUUUACAUGCAAGAACAUGAUGAAGAGGAGUAUGAAGAAGAUGAGGAGGAAUCAGAAAUUGAUUUUGAGCCACAAGAAAAACUCAUGAUUCUCACUUCUUACUUACGGACUCAGUACCUUUACUGCCUUUGGUGUGGAACAGUGUUUGAUGAUGAAAGAGACUUGAAGCAAAAUUGCCCUGGACCCACAAGAGGCGACCAUGAUGAUGAUGAUUAAGCAUAACAUUUGGAUGAGUUGGGGUGCUAGGCAGAUUUUAGCUGGACGGAUGAAGUGUGCAGGUAAGCUGUGAGAAUGAGUACUAGUCUUUGGUUUAUUCUUUGUAGCACUAAAGAACAUCCAUACCCAUAUUCCCUGCCAUUUUCAGUCCACCAUCAGGUGAAGAUUACCAACAUAACAGGCAAAAGGAAAGACCUCGGGUCCCAUCCUUCAAGGGACAUUAUCAGGGGAAGACUAUAUGUAAUUACUACCCUGGUAUAACAAGCCUGUAAUAUAAUUGAUAAUGUCAUAUUUGACACAAGACUAUAUUGUCUACUCUAAUUAGUUUUAAUUAUAGAGGGGUAUGCAGGGAUGAAAGGUAUGCAGUUUAAAACUUUCAAGGAUGUACAAAGCCUUAAAGAAAUAAAAAACAUACAUUACAUUUUUAUUGGGCAAAAAGCUCAAGUUUGUAUACAAAAAUGUAUUCUAAAGUUACAUGGAAAACCUGGUAGUAUAUAGUAAGCUACGCAGUGUGCUGGUUAUCAGAAAAAUUCCUAAUCCCUUAUGCUUGAUAAAUUUUUGACAUGAGUUUAUGCAAUAAACUUAAAUACAUGUCACAUAAAUAUUCAAGCACACUAAGACACUGUUAUCAUAUGUUUGGUUUUGAUUUUGACUUCACUUAAAUGAGCCCAAGAUGUUACUAAAAGAUUAUUUAGGAAGGGUUGCUUGCUAGUUAGAAAAUAAAUAUUUUGGAACUUGAUUUAUCAGAUUGAAUUAAACAACCGAGCUCAUUGCUUUAAUGACUCCUGUAAUUAUUAAAACGUAAGGAACAAAAUUUCAAAGUACAGUAUACAAUUUUCUUCUUUUUGAUGGCAAUGAACUAGUUAUCCAUCAACAAGUUACACUGGUAAAAUUAUUAUAAAUUACAACUUGCCAUAGUCAUCUAACAAUUGCAACAUUAACUGAAUUAUGAGUUAUUCCUUAAAAUAUUU